AUGUCUUCUUUUCUCUCACUACCACUAGAAAUACGUUUCCACAUCUACCGAGAGCUACGCUCUUUCAAGUCGCCUUUAAUCAAGUCCCCCUUUCAGGAUGAUUCCAAUGCACUCGGCUACUGUAGCUUUGGCUUUCAGUCCAGGAUUCUGGAAACGAAUCGUCAGAUAUUCUAUGAGGCCAAGGAGGUCUUUUACGGCGAAAACUAUUGGACCUUCUUUGCCUCCCAGCGAAACCAAUUCAGCUCGAUUCUUUUCCGAAUGGAACCUAUGGUGCUGACCCUACCGUUCAUAAGAAGAGCACAUAUUAGAUUUGGCAUGUUUGAUUGGCUCUUUCGGGAAUCCUACGGACUCACCCCAUGCGCUUAUGGGGACAUCACAAAGACGAACGUCGAAGAAAUUUGCCGGGUACUGCUCACAGCUCCCGCCCUCAGAACGAUAAAGAUAAUUUGGACGGAGACUUGCACAUUCUUUCCUGAGCGGAGACCGUCGGAACUAGACAGCGUGCGAAGCCUCAUCUUUGAAGUUUUGCGGCCUUUGCUCGCUCUCCCAACGACGACCGACCUUCAAAAGAGCAACAUCAUGGUGGCCUACAUGAACGGGGUGAAGGCAACAGAUAUGGAGCUCGGAUUUUCGGAAUGCGUUGACGAAGUGAUUGCCCUUCACCGUUCUACGAAAGUCUUCCGAGGACUGUGA